CCCAUAUUUAAAUGCUUUGAUAUCCUUCCAAAUAUAUAUACCCAAAUGAGAACAUAAUAGUCUCAGAAAGUUAUUUCAUUUUUUUCAGUAGAGUAUAUGCCAGCCGCCAUGGCAUGCCACACCAUCUCGGCCGCCGCCGUCCUCGGCCGCCGGAACAUAUCCUGCAGGGCAAUUACAACCCAGCAGAACCCAGCCCCGCCGCCGUCCGCCGUCACGUUCUCCGCCAAGUACGUACCCUUCACCGCCUCCAUCGGCGGCACUGCCGGGGAAUCGUACUCCCUGGACGAGGUCGUCUACCGGAGCAGCUCCGGCGAGCUUCUGGACGUUAAGCACGACGUGGAGGCGCUGAGGCAGUUCGACGGGGAGUACUGGAAGAGACUGUUCGAUUCUCGGGCGGGGAAGACGGCGUGGCCUUACGGGUCGGGCGUCUGGUCGAAGAAGGAAUGGGUGUUGCCGGAGAUGGACGGCGGCGAUGUGGUGAGCUUGUUCGAAGGGAACUCCAAUCUCUUCUGGGCGGAGAGAUUCGGGAAGGAAUUCGUGGAGAUGAAUGACCUUUGGGUUAAGCAGUGUGGGAUUAGCCACACCGGAAGCUUCAAGGAUUUGGGAAUGACGGUUCUGGUGAGCCAAGUGAACCGGAUAAUGAAAAGGAAACCGGGGAGUUUGGUGGGAGUGGGCUGCGCUUCAACCGGAGACACCUCCGCCGCCCUGUCGGCAUACUGCGCCGCCGCGAACAUCCCGUCGAUAGUGUUUCUGCCGGCGGACAAGAUCUCGAUGGCGCAGCUGGUGCAGCCCAUAGCGAACGGCGCCUUCGUCCUCAGCAUCGACACCGACUUCGACGGAUGCAUGAAGCUGAUCCGGCAAGUCACGGCGGAGAUGCCCAUUUACUUGGCCAAUUCCCUCAACAGCCUCCGCCUUGAAGGCCAGAAAACCGCCGCCAUCGAGAUUCUGCAACAGUUCAACUGGGAGGUCCCCGACUGGGUGAUCAUCCCGGGCGGGAAUUUGGGUAACAUCUAUGCGUUCUAUAAGGGCUUCAAAAUGUGCCAAGAAUUGGGCCUUGUUCACAAAAUGCCUAAAUUGGUCUGCGCCCAAGCAGCAAACGCCGACCCGUUAUACCGCUACUACAAAUCCGGAUGGGCCGAAUUCAGGCCCAUCAAAGCGGGCACGACAUUCGCCUCCGCGAUCCAGAUCGGCGACCCGGUCUCCGUCCACAGGGCGGUGCACGCGCUGAAGGAAUCCGGCGGGAUCGUGGAGGAGGCGACGGAGGAGGAGCUGAUGGACGCAGCCGCGAUGGCGGAUUCCACGGGGAUGUUCUGCUGUCCCCACACCGGCGUGGCGCUCGCGGCGCUGAUGAAGCUCAGGCAGCGAGGCGUGAUCGGCGGCGCCGACAGGACGGUGGUGAUCAGCACCGCUCACGGGCUCAAGUUCACGCAGUCAAAGAUUGAGUAUCACUCCGGCGAGAUCGAAGGGAUGGGCUGCCGGUUUGCUAACCCGCCGGUGAAUGUCAAGGCGGACUUUGGGUCCGUCAUGGACGUGCUAACGAAGCAUCUGCGUAUAGGACCAAAGUUACAUUUAAAUUUGAAGGGAAAUGCUUGGUUCACAAACUCAAGCUCACAAACUUACCAUUUGUGAACUUCAAUAAAGAAAAUUAAAUAGUCUAAAAUAAUUUUAAAAUGAGAAUUUAAACCAUAAUUAGUAAGUUUGUGAUCCUUCUGUUUGUGAACGUAGCAUUGCCCAAAUUUGAAUGAAGCAUUGUAAUUUGA